GCAAGAGCAUAUGGCCCAUCAUUCUCAAGUUUCAUUUCGUUGUGAUUAAUCAAGUUAUAAACUUUUUUCGUUCUUUGUAUUUUCUCACUCUCUAAGUUAUGGCUCCAGCUUCUAAUUACAAAAUUCCAAUGGGUAACUAUGUGCCCAUUUAUGUUAUGCUCCCGCUUGGAGUUGUUUCAAUUGAAAACAAGUUCAUAGAGCAAGAAAAGAUUGAGAAGCAGCUAAAGGAGCUGAAAGCUGCUGGAGUUGAUGGAGUCAUGGUUGAUGUAUGGUGGGGAAUCAUAGAACUAAAAGGCCCAAAACAAUACGAUUGGUCUGCCUACAAGAGGUUGUUUCUACUUGUUCAAAAAAUUGGACUUAAAAUACAGGCGAUUAUGUCAUUCCACCAGUGUGGUGGCAAUGUAGGAGAUGUUGUAUAUAUACCUCUUCCAAAAUGGGUACUUGAUGUUGGUGAAGAAAAUCCCGAUAUCUUCUACACUAACAGGGCUGGCAUCAGAAAUAAGGAAUACUUGUCUCUUGGUGUUGAUAACCAAAAUCUCUUUCAAGGACGAACUGCUGUUCAGAUUUAUAGUGACUACAUGACUAGCUUCAAGGAGAACAUGUUGGAUCUUUUGGUAGCUGGAGCUAUAAUAGACAUUGAGGUAGGACUUGGUCCUGCUGGAGAGCUCAGGUAUCCUUCUUACCCACAGACUCAAGGCUGGAAAUUCCCUGGCAUUGGUGAAUUUCAGUGCUACGACAAGUAUAUGAGAGAAGAUUUCAGGGAGACUGCAGAUAAGGCGGGGGAGCCAAAGUUCAACCUUCCAGGUGAUGCAGGGACUUACAAUGAUACACCUGAUAAGACAGGUUUCUUUAAGAAAGGGGGUAACUAUCAAACAGAAUAUGGGCGCUUCUUCUUGACUUGGUACUCCAACAAGCUCAUCCUUCACGGAGAUCAGAUCAUUGGAGAAGCCAACAAAGUCUUCAGGGGUUUCCCAGUCAAAAUUGCAGCCAAAGUAUCUGGAAUUCACUGGUGGUACAAAGACAGUAGCCAUGCAGCAGAGCUAACAGCUGGAUACUACAACUUGUUGGAUAGAGAUGGAUAUCGACCCAUUGCAAGGAUGCUGUCAAGGCACUAUGCUUCUUUGAAUUUUACAUGUCUUGAAAUGAAGGAUACUGAACAAUCAGCUGAAGCUAUGAGUGCUCCUCAAGAACUUGUCCAGCAGGUGUUGAGUUCAGGGUGGAAGGAGUUCAUUGAUGUAGCUGGUGAAAAUGCACUAGCAAGAUAUGAUGCCACAGCCUAUGAUCAAAUCCUUCUUAAUGUUAGGCCAAAUGGUAUCAAUUUGCAUGGUCCACCAAAGUUGAAGAUGGCUGGAUUUACUUACCUUCGUCUAUCUGAUGAUCUCAUGAAGCAACAAAACUUUGAGCUCUUCAACAAAUUUGUUCACAAAAUGCAUGCCGAUCUGGAUCCAUCUCCAAAUUUUGCGAAUCCAGCUCCUCUACAAAGCUCUCAACCUGAGAUUCCAAUUGAGAAACUAUUGGAAGCAACUAAAGCAAGCAGAGCAUUCCCAUGGUACCCUUUAACAGAUAUGCCUGUGGAGGGUGGAAAUCCCUUUGAUUGAGAUGACUAAUAUUUUCAAGAAGCUAUGUUUCUAUUACCUGAGAUUUAGUGUCCAGGAAUCCAAGUUAUGUUUCUAUUUUGGAUAAAAUAAAUCAGUUUCUCGGUUGUAUUUCUGGGAAACAGUUGCUUGGUGCUCUUUUGUUAUAUGUAUUUGAGUGUUCAUGUGUGACGUAUUUUGAGUGCUUUUCUGUAUAAACGAGAAUAAAGUCUCUUUCUUUUGUA